CCAGAAGAGACGGGAACCAUAUCAAUGGAACGUGGCCGACGUCGCUCCGCCCUGCACAUCCUCUUAGCUCGGCAAGCACAUCUCUCACCUGGUCAACUUGAGCUUCAUGAACAACCAAUCACAAAUGCGAAACCGUCCUCGCAGCCAAUCAGCGCGCGAAACGGCCGCCACAAGUCAACCUGCGCUCAUGAACGCUGUUGUCGGAUCGCCGGACCUCUGGAGCAUCCUCGCCGCCUACCAAGACGGCGUCUACGAAGACGCUCGCCCUUUCAUCGCCAUCGAGGCCCCUCUCUUGGCCCUUGAUAUUGCGUCGGGCCUCGAGAAGCUCGUGCCCGUGCUUGAGCACUGGUAUGCAACGGUCUCGACUGACAUUGCGCGUCGCCGAUGGCCGUACUUUGAUGUGCGCUUGCCGUGGCUCUCGUCGUACGCUGCGUACUACGCGGCCAAGCUCGGCAAAGUCGACCGCCUCGCCGCCCUCCCAGCGCUGCGCUCGGUCGAGUCGCCCGAGGUCGUCGUCGAGCUCGCAAUCGAGCACCACCAGCUGCACGUUUUAGAGUUUCUCCAUGCAACAUUUGGCGCGUCAGCGCCAUGGUUCACCAAGGACACGCUCACGGUCGCAGCCGCUGCGGGCAGCUUGCCGGUCGUCCGAUAUGUGUACAAUAAUGUCGCUUGCGGCGGUACGUACGACGCAUUCGACCUCGCGGCAUCGUUUGGUCACUGGAAUGUGGUUCUCUACCUGCACUUGCACACGCAGCUCGGAGCGACGACAGCCGCCAUGGACGAAGCGGCAGCUCAUGGACAUUUGCAUAUCGUGCGAUUCCUCCUAGAGAACCGCAGUGAGGGCUGCACGAUGGGCGCGAUGGACGGCGCUGCGGCCAACGGGCACUUGGACGUCGUGUCGUUCUUGCAUCAGAUGCGACGCGAAGGGUGCUCGACGCGUGCGCUGGACGGUGCAGUUGUGCACGGUCAUGACGCGGUCGCGCGCUUCUUGAUCAAGAACCGUAGUGAAGGGUGUGGACCCAAAGCCCUUGCUGCCGCCGCCCUUCGACGCGAUUCCACGAUGCUCAAAGCACUGCUGGCGCACCAGCAGCGCCGCGCCAAGGCCAGUCAGAACCGCUUCAAGAUGACGACGCACUUGAUGCGCUGGCUCAUCCCCGAUUUCUUCCACAAGCGCACGGUCGCCCCGCCUUCAUGACAUCAGACUGAAUCAUACCUUCGAAUCCCAAGGUACUUGCAGCCACGAGCUAUUGUUAAAUGCCACAUCUACAUAGUACCGCUUGCAUCCCAUUAGCUUUCUACUCCAAAUCGAUCGUGCAAAAAUUGAUCUAUCUCUCUUCAUGAUCGCUUUUCGUGACGUGGC